AUGGCCUCAGACGUCGUCAAAGGGGGUUGGGCUCCCGAUGAGGACGAGAAGUCGGUGAAGGGGAUCGAGAUACGGAACAAACUAAUGUGGUCGCUUGUUGCCUCAGUCGUCCAAUCCGGCCCAAACAGUGACCAGUGCGCUAAACGUUGGACGGACAUUCUUAAUACCGCACCACUUGGUCACUGGACUCGAUAUGAUGAGCUUCUACGAGCGGUCAUUGAUCACGGCAAGGUUCAAAGAAAAAUCGUCAAGACCUAUUUCCCCGGCCGUACAGGGUUAUAA